AUGGCAAAGAUCAAAGAAUUAAGCGAGGAAAUUAAGAGUAUGUUACAGAAGCAAGAAGACUUUAGACGAGAAAAUCAAACGAAUAACUGCAAAAAAGAUAGAGAGGAAAUGGAAAAGCAAUUUGAAAAUGUUGCAAAGGGUGUAGAUUCAUUGGCGACACACUGUGAACUGAAGUCUACAAAACUAAAGGAAAUCAAAGAACUGCUAUUGACUUUAUCUGAAGAUGUGGAUAUCAUUACCGAAACAGUAGAACAUAUUAAAGAUAGCUUUAUUGCAAAUAAUAUUGCUAAAGGCACGAAAUCGGAUGAUGCAAAAGAUAGACUUGAAAAUGUUUCAGUUUCUUUAUCAUGUAGUGGUACCACAGAUUGUGUCGCAAUUGAUAAAUGCAUUUCAUCACCAGAAAUAGUAAAAUCCAGUUCUUCAAGUAAUGAAGAAAAAUACACACAAUUUGAAGCAAACACCACUGACGAAAGCAUUGCAUAUAUACGUCAUGUAGAUGGUGGUCAAUGUGAUAAUGAUAACUUAGACGUCGAUACUCCAUCUGAAAAGGACAACAUUCAAUAUAAAUCUGUAUCCAAUAAACCAGAUGCCAACUGUAAAAUUGAUCAACUUGAUUUGAAUGGUGGAAAGGUAGACGAAAAACGUGAGGAUGAACAUAUUCAAAUUUUGUCAAAAUCAAAUAGAAAAAUGUCUAGGAACGAUUUGGGUUUUAAAUGUUUGUCAACAGAAUGGCUCAAUGACAACCGUUUAAGUGUUCAUAGUAAAGGUUUUGUCGAUACAAAUUGUUCUUCAGUAUCUGAUGUCAAGAAAUCUGUAACAAAAAAGCCUAAUAUACAACAACAACAUUCAGAUUUCACAGAUGCAAGAUCACAAUUUCACUCACACAAAAGGACUGCUGACAAUAGACGACGGCGGAAUGUAGGAUUUUCUAAUGUUGAUACUGCCAAUCAUUCUACUAUGGGCAUAGAUACUACUGGUCAACCAAAGACCGUAAAUGAUUGGAUAAAACAUUAUCAUCAAGUUUGUGAUCAUGCUAGAUACAGACUUCGAUCCGGUACAGUUAGGCGUACUGGUGUGCGGUAUGUCACAUUGGUAUUAGACAUAUCAGAACGUCUGAGAGGCCGCAGGUUUAAAGUAAUGAAAGAAGCAGCAGUGGAGUAUGUAGAAGGUGUAAAACAAGUUUGGUUAGAAACUGGACUAGAAGAGAAUAUUGGGUUAGCAGUAUUUGGCGGAAAAAAUCUACUUAUUCAUGAGUGUACUUCUGAACAUGACCUUAUUUUGCGAUCUAUAGAUCAGCUUGAGCCAUGUGGUGAUGCACCUGCAAUUGGAGGCCUGUUCAUGGGAAUGGCUGGCGUUAUAACAGGUCCACGUGGAAGUAUCGGCGACUUUCCACUCCAGGGACAUAUGAUUAUAUUUACGGAUAGCCGAUCUGAUGAAAACACGUCGUAUUCUUCUUCUUCUUUUUCGUCUUCUCUAUCUCUCGCGAAAGGAGGAAUUGAUUUGAAAUCAAUGCUGGAAAAUGGCGGUAUUACAGUGACUCUUUCCAGUACAGGUAUUAAUGUGGGAUCUUCACUUGAAGACAUUGAUAUACAUAAACACGCAGGAGUAGAAUCACUUGUCCAUUCCGUUGUCGAUUUACAAACAAAAGUAUUUUAUGUUCAAAUUGGGAAAAAUCAACACAACGCUAUAGUGGAACGUGUAGUUAAGGAAACGAGCGGGAGAAUAGUUGAUACCAGAGAAAUGCAACGUUUAGUACUGAUGACUAAAAUCAUGAUUCUUGCAUCCAGAAUAGCUCCCAAAAUUAUGUAUUCAUCAGACCAGAGCAAAGAAUUAAUAAAACAACAAAUAAAAGAAGAGUCAGGUAGUGAUGAUCCGUAUAACGACUGCCUAGAUAUGGUACUUGAAUUUGCAAAUCCACUAAGCGUAGAAAAGAAACGGGGUAACUUCACUGAACUUACCAGUAGGUCUUUACAACUUGGUGAUAGAGUACGGCGUGGGCCUGACUGGCAUUACGGUAAUCAGGAUAAGCAAAUGGCUGGAACCGUCAUUGGACAACAAUCACAUGGUAUAGCAAGAGUGCACUGGGAUAAUGGUGAUACGAAUAUCUACAUGCAAUCUGACGAAACUAGUACAUACAAUCUAAGAAAGGUAGAUGAACCUAGAAUACUGGUGGAUGAGAUGAUAGCUGUUGGUUGUAGAGUAGUUAGAGGACAUGAUUGGAAGUUUGGUAAUAAAGAUGGUGGUUCUGGAGUUUUAGGGACUGUUUUAGAUGUGAGACCAGAAGGAAAGGUUGUGGUGAGAUGGGAUUCUAAAAGAACUGGACUAUAUAAAAUGGGACAUAAUGGACAGUUUGAAAUACAAGUACAUGGUGCACCUGUUAGGAGUAGGAGUAAAAGGAAUGAACACCGUUCUGGAUAUAAAAGUCCAAACACCUCGGACAGUGAAUCAGAAAAUGAAACAUCUCGACCAAGAUUCCGAACAACCGGAGACAAUGCCAUACAAGAACCAAAUGAUUACGUCAUUCCGAUAUAUUCUGAUGCAACAGUGAGUGCCAUUUGGGAAUACGAAGAGGGCUCGGAGUGGAAAAAGUAUCCAAAUGAUAUCAAUGUAAAGAUUGAAAAGGCUUAUCAAAGAAAGAAGACAGGAAAAACAAUCAUCGAAAUGGAUCGAACAACAUACCAAAUAUAUUUUCAAAGAAUGAUUCAAGAGAACCCAAGUAAUAAGACAGAAAAAUCCAUCCGCAGGAAAGGUGUGUAA